AUGACAUCGCCGAUUGCAAAUUCUCGCGACCCCGACUUCGUCUAUGCAGGGCAUCAAGCAAGUCAUCUCAGCCCCCAGGGGCCAAGUCACAGCAACAGCGAGGUCGCAUCGAUAGAGAACUAUGGCUACAGCCGUUCCCGAAACGAUUCCGAGGAGGAUCUCUUCCGAGGCCUCAACAGCUAUCGUAUGAGUGGUAGGCGCAACCAUGAGUUCAAGACCUAUCUGCUGGACGGAAAGAUUGAGAAACCUUGGACUGCGGACAAGAAAUACAAAGCGCCUCGCAAGGGCAAUUGGUAUAUCCUUGGAGGGCUUCUCCUUGCGAUAGCCCUCAGCGCUGUUGUGAACUGGAGGAUCGCGGUCGGCGUUCCCAACCACGAGUAUUGUCUAGUCUUAGACGAUUCCUUCAGCAACCUCGAUAAAUCCAUCUGGAGUCAUGAAGUGCAACUUGAUGGGUUUGGUACGGGCUCAUUUGACUGGACAACAACCGAUGACCGAAACGCCUUCACUGAUGGAGAUGGACUUCACAUCGUUCCCACUUUCACAACUGCCACAACCGAUAUUACUGAAAGCCAAAUACACGAUGAUUAUCAUUUGAACUUGGGCCAGUCAAAGAAUGGUGACGGGUCAUGCACAGCCGACGAAAAGGGUCAAUACUAUGCCGCUGCAUGCAGCAGGAACACUAACAUUUCCUCCCACGUAAUCAUAAACCCCGUGAGAUCAGCACGCCUUACUACGCAAGGUGCAAAGUCGAUCCAGUAUGGUCGUGUUGAAGUCGUGGCCAAGGUGCCAAAGGGCGAUUGGCUCUGGCCGGCAAUCUGGAUGAUGCCCGAAGAUUCUGUAUAUGGAAUCUGGCCGCUGAGUGGCGAGAUUGAUAUUAUGGAAAGUCGCGGUAACGCACGUGGCUACAGAAACGGCGGAAGAGAAACAGUCUCAAGCACGAUCCAUUGGGGUACCUCGUGGAAGACCGACAACUUUUUCAGAACUACACAAAAACACAAAAUUCAAAGAACAGACUAUUCGGAAGGCUUCCAUACCUUCGGUCUGGAAUGGUCAAAAGAUUACCUUUACACAUGGGUCGACAAUCGACUUCAGCAAGUUCUUUACGUCGACUUCAAGAAACAGAAUCUAUGGCAACGCGGCCAGUUCCAAGGUGCCUACGAAAAUGGUACUCUACUGACCAAUCCUUGGUACAUCAGCGGAAACAAGAAUGCACCUUUCGAUCAAAAGUUCUACCUGAUUCUCAAUGUUGCGGUUGGAAGUCGCAAUGGUUGGUUCUCGGACGGGGUUGGUAGCAAGCCAUGGGUUGACGGAAGAGACUCUGCAGCCUCUGACUUCUACGGCGAUCGGAUUGGGAACCGAGUUGGGGAACGGGAAACGAGCGUGGUCUGA